GCCCAUUCUGUCUCACCGCCUUUUGCUACUCCUGAUCCAAGAAAUUAUGUAUGUUUUCCGACCGCUGCCCGAACGUACGCACCCCCUUCCUCAGCUGAAUCCUGUGUUCAAGAUCGGCUUGCCUGAUAGUGGAUUACACAUCAUUUCGUGGAAAGCCCACAUACUGUAAAACAACAUCGAAUCUAGGAAUUAUGGAAUCACAUACGUCAAGCUAGUUCAUGAUACAUACCCGUCUUAUACCGUUUUGCGUACGGUCGCCAUUCAAGCCUAAAAUCCGAAUGAGUUCAUGCAAAGAUAAUUCAUACAUACCAAUUGCGAUAUUUACUGUAAAGCUGAAUAUAUCGGUAUAAUGGCAGCACGAUGUGACUCUCAGGUCAACGACCACCACAACCAAGAUGAUCCUAAACUAGAUUUGGACAUCGUCAAUAAUAACGACGGCUUAAUCCAAGACGAUGUUGUCAAGCUCAAGGGUUCAGAAUGUGCGAGGUUCAUAUCCUUCAAAAACCAGGAGUUCGCGUCUCUCAAACACCUCGGCAUGAAGGUCCCUGACCACUUUGAGAGCGAAGAGGAGCAAAUACAACAUUAUUUGUCGUACGAAGGCACUAAAGAUUAUAGAGAUGAGGAUGGCUGUACUUUGCUGCAUGGGAUAGGCGAGUCUACGCCUCUACCUAUAAUCAAGCUCCUGGCUGAAGCAGGGGUUCCGACGGAUACCAAAAAUAACGACGGCUACACUCCCUUAGCAGUGGCCGUCUGCAACAGAAAUGUCGCUGCGGUGGAGUACCUUAUCAGCCUAAAUACCGAUGUCAAUGUCAAGUUACAGGACAACUAUGCUGGCAACCUUCCACAAUUAGCUUGUUAUAACCACUCCCUCGAGAUCUUGAACUUGCUGGUUGAAGCUAAAGCGAAUCUUUCAACCUCUAACGAUGGAUUCGGGGAAUCCUUGCUCCUUGUCGCUCUUAGGAGAGGUUCUUUUGGGGACCUAAGCGUAGACUUGAUACGUUAUCUUGUGGAUGAACUUCGGUUCGACGUCAAUGCCAGCGAUGGCCGUUCAAGAUACCCUAUCAUCGAAGCUACGGCAUUCAAUACUCGCAAUAUGUCUCGCGAUUCAGAGGUAUUGAAAUUUCUCAUCAGCCGUAAGGCCGACCUUGAUGUAGUUGAUGAGGAAGGCCGCCGAGCGGUUCAUAUCGCCGCGAUUGGGCUUUGUAGCCAUGCUCUCGAGACGCUCGUCGAGGCCGGAGCCGAUAUCAAUGUCGAAGAUCACUAUGGGCGCAGGCCGAUUCACUUUGCUGCUGGUCAUUCUCCAGAUUGUUUAGAGUAUAUUCUCGAUUACGAGGUCGACAUAAACGUUCCGGAUAAAGACGGCUGGACUCCUCUCAUGUGGGCGGCGCGUUCAGGCAAAGAAUGGUCGGUUAGGAUGUUAACGAGGGUUGGAGCUGAUAUAUGGUGUCGUGGGCGUGGUUACGGGACUGAAUGGUCGGCCCUAAAGCUAGCAAGAUUUUGGAACUGGCGGGAGGCGCCUGAUGUACCAGCACUUCUCAUCCCGAGGAAACUAACGCGGAAAACAGCCGAUGGGAGAAUGGAGGUAUGGGAAAAUGAUUUCCAUAGGUCCCUCCCUUCACACCGCAAGUUCUCCAGUUGCACGAGUUGUGACAUGGAGAUCAUCGGACUUGAAUGGAAGUGUAUAGAGUGCCAUGAUAAACGUGUUCAGUUUUGUUUCAAAUGCUACAGUCACGUAUCUACUCUACACGAUCCGGAGCACAGUUUCAAAAACAUUGGCCCCCUUUACGACAACCGGCCAAUGCCCCCUGAAAAUGAUGCUAAGGACGAAGAUGAAUUCUCGGAGGAUGAAAGCGUCCAGUCCAUCGAGGAAGUUCCAGAAAUUGACGACGAUUCGAUUGUGGAGGUAGAGGACUACGACGACUGCGACGUAUCGGUAUUUGAUAACGAAAGUAUCGACAAUGAUGCUGAAUGGAUGAUGUUGUAUCACGAGCGGACUAUUAAGAUCUGAAUAGGGUGACAGUAGAGUAGUAUGCUGAGUUGUGAUGUUUAUACCCGUGGAUUUCUAAGCAGCAAUCAUAUCAUCUCCUCUCUAAAGUUAUAGGCGCAAAUUGUAUUUACUUAGGUUAUAUUCAAAUGAUCAUGGAUGUUCACAAAAA